UCCGUUCCCUCCUUCCGCCCGUCCGCUUCCCGCUCUUCCCUCUCCUUUUCCAAGAAAGCCCACCCCAUUUACAAGAGCGGAAGAGAGCGAGGGAGGGACAGACAGCGGAGCGGCGGCGGCGGCGAUGGGGAUCCAGGGUUUGCUGCCGCAGCUCAAGUCGAUAAUGGCGCCCAUCAGGGUGGAGGACCUGAGGGGGCAAACGGUCGCCGUCGACACCUACUCCUGGCUCCACAAGGGCGCCCUCUCCUGCGGCGACCGCCUCUGCAAGGGCAUCCCCACCACCAGGCAUAUCGAGUACUGCAUGCAUAGGGUUAACUUGUUGCGGCACCAUGGCGUGAAGCCAAUUCUUGUAUUUGAUGGAGGCUUUCUGCCAAUGAAGAGCGAACAAGAGGUCAAACGUGCAAGGUCACGAAAGGAAAAUCUUGAGCGUGCCAGGGAACAUGAAGCAGCUGGGAAUUCCCGUGCUGCUUUCGACUGCUACCAGAAAGCUGUUGAUAUUACACCUAAAAUUGCUUUAGAACUGAUCCAGGUACUGAAGCAAGAAAAGGUUGAUUAUAUUGUUGCGCCUUACGAAGCAGAUGCACAAAUGACGUUCUUAUCUGUCAACAAACUUGUUGACGCUGUAAUUACCGAGGAUUCAGAUUUGAUACCAUUUGGCUGUUCUAGAAUUAUUUUCAAGAUGGACAAAUUUGGGCAAGGUGUUGAAUUCCAGAUAACACGAUUGGAACGAAACAGGGAGCUGGACUUAAAUGGAUUCACGAAACAGAUGUUACUAGAGAUGUGUAUUUUAAGUGGCUGUGACUAUCUUCCAUCCUUGCCGGGAAUGGGUGUCAAACGUGCUCAUGCACUCAUCCAAAAACUUAAGAGUCAUGAGAAGGUAAUCAAGCACCUGAGGUACAGUGCUGUUUCUGUUCCACCUCAAUAUGAAGAGAAUUUCAAGAAGGCAAUAUGGGCAUUUCAGUUUCAAAGGGUCUAUGAUCCUGCGACAGAAGAUAUUGUUCAUUUGUCUGGCAUUCCUCAUGACCUCAGCGAAGACGACUUUCUGGGACCAUGGUUACCACAGGCUGUUGUUAAAGGUAUUGCUCUAGGGGAAAUUGAUCCACUUACAAAGGAACCAUUUGAGGCCAGCAUUCCUUGCAGUGCACCUGCUGCUGAUAAAGGUUAUCCGGUCAAGGAGUCUAUUAUUCCUUCAAAUGGAAAGAAGAGGCUAGAAUUGCCUGUGCAGAAAAACAUAUUGACAAAUUACUUCUGCUUAGCAUCGCUUGAGGCAAAACGGAAGUUCAGGGCACCUAAGGUUACACCCAAGCAAAAAAUGUUGAAUGAAUCUUCUUUGCCGAGCCGUCAGACUGAAGACUCUGGCACCCCUGAUUCAAUUGAAGACACUAGCUUGCCAAUGAAUAAUAUUCAAUUCUCUCAGUAUAGUUCUGAGCAUUUUAGCUCUGAACCUCCUCGAGAUGAUUCAAUUGAUGCUUCUCAACGUAGUACUGGUCGUGCCUUCCCCUGGGACGAUUCAGAUAGUGUUUCACCCCACUGUAUUUCUCGUGAUAUUGGCAGUGGUCCUCUUUCUAGGGAUCAACACAUUGAAGAUGCAGAGGUUGAGGUCAGUUAUUGCAACACAAGUGCAAUGCCAAUAAGUCCUUGCUUAGAGAGGACUUCGCCUGGGAUAGCAGAUCCAUCAUUAAUUUCUCAUAACACGGAACCAUCGAGAUCAGUGCCACAUUAUGCUGAAAGUUAUGUGGCUCCUACUGUAAGGAGUUCAUACUUCAAGAAAGAUAAGAGGGUUUUCACAAAUCAAGUAGAAGACCAGUUAGAUGAUGACGAUGAUGAUAACGCUGAGACUGGCACUUCCACUCUUUCUGGAAUUCAACCGGGGAACCCUGGAGGUGUUGUGAAGAGAAGAAAACUUUGGGAUCCCCAAAAUUUUGAAGACGAAACAUUGCCACCAACUAGUUCACAUGACAGUCCAACAGUUGAUGAAGGCUGUGGUACUGAUUCCCUUGAUGACAUCGACACAAAUUCUGAAGGAAGAUUCGGAUGCAAUGUUUCCCAUGUGAAUAAUUACAGUGGCAUCGCGGAGAAAUCGAUGGAUAAGUUUGCUGCACUGAUAUCAUCUUUCAGAUACGCAGGCUCCCGUGCCAGUGGCCUUCGUGCUCCUUUAAAGGACGUGAAGAAUACCCUUUCUGUGAGAUCUAUUCUCAGACCCCCGGAACAGAACCUCUGGUGUACGGCUAAGAAGACCGCGAGAGGUCAUGGUUCACGAAGCAGAUCCAGAAGUGAUGCCUCGAAUAGCGCCGACGGUCCUCCUGAUCUGAGCGCGUUUGCACGCAGCCCUGUUUUUCUUCCUGAUCUGGGGAAGGUCACCGAUAAAGAUGCACCGGCAAGAUCUACUACUGGUGGUUGUCUUGAUCAGAGCAGGAACACUCGUAAAGCAGUGGGCACUGUUGUCAGUCCUGAUCUGAGCACAUUUGCAUACACACCCACGACUACUGCUAGUCGUCCUGAACGGAGCAAAGUCUCUACAGCUAUAAGGACUGCAGACAGUCCUGAUCCGAGCACAUUUGCAUACCGACCCACGACUACUGCUAGUCCCUCUGAGCGGAGCAAAUUGUCUCCUACAGUUAUAAGAACCGCUGACAGUCCUCCUGAUCUGAGCACAUUUGCAUAUAAACCCAUGAAACCUUUGAAUGGCAGCAGGUUUGCAGGGACAGCAUUAGUGGCUUCUGGACGAAAUUCUCGAGGCCGAUUCACAUAGAACUGCCGAUGAGUCUGUUACCUUUUAUGAUAUGGGCGUGUUUGCUAUUGCACGAAAAGGCCAGCCUUCAUGCUUUGACCUGAGCAAACUUAGAUCUAGCAGCAAAUGCUGUCAAAUGGUGUCCUUGGCCACCCAUGGACCUGCAGUCCCGAUGAACCCCUGAUCUAAGAUCACCCCUUUUUGCGCCAACAGAAUGGAAGCAUGAAAGAAGAUGGCAGUCGGUACCUGUAGAGGCUUGGUACUUGACUUCAUUUUUAUCCCAUGCAAAUGCAAGCUGAAGCAUGUAUGGUCUGGAGGGGGAGGUAGCUGGCAGCAGGGGCUAAUAGCUUCAGUUUCAGAGACCACCGUGUGUGGUGUGCAAACCUAGCACAUGCCCAUUUCUGUUCUUUCCUGGAUACUGUUGUCUUUUGAGCAUUAAUAUAGGUGUUACCUUCUGUCAAUUCCCAAUCAAGAUGAAUCAAGGAAUUGUACAAUAUGUUGUAUUGUGGUUUGUGGAUUCCGUGUAAUUUGUUGUUGGGUAUAGUAAUGAUCUUGAAUGUACUAUUUGUGUAUUGAACGGACUGGGUUUUUUGCUCUCCGGACCGGGCGAAACCUUUAUCGAUACCGUUUGUUAAACCCUCAA